CGGCGCGCCGCAGAAAGCCCACGUUGGCCGCUGCGGGAAGCGCGGCGUGGAGAAGCUGGAGACUGCGAAUUCCAGCGCCUCCGCCGCGGCUGCUGCUGGGUGCACUGGCCCCCUUCCUUCCCAUCCCUUCUGCGAGCGGGUUUGCUGGGCAGCCGGGCGAGCGCCGAACGGAAAGCAAGAUCCUCGCCGCCUCCACUUGAGGCGUGCGGCGCGCGGAGAUUUUGAGGGGGAGCGACGGUGACCGAGGGCUCAGGGGCGCGGAGUUCGUGAGCAAGAACGAAGUUAAACCUCACGGAAUAGACUGGCAUUUGGGGACGCCUUGUCGCCGCAGCGUGGGCCCUGCGCCGGGGUAAACUUCACAGUGGCCCUGCAAUCCAGGGAGGGGCGUGCGCCACGGUGAUGCCGGGCAUCUCCCGCAGCUCGUGAGCCGCCCCGCUACCCCGCCGCCCCGGGUCCCACUCAGCCGCCAGGGAGGGCGCGGGGCAGCGCACGUGAGCGUCCAGCGAGGCCCAGAGUGACCGCGCCGCGACCCUCCCAGGAGCCAGGGCGCAGACUGCAGCGCAGCCCGGACUCGGACGCACCUGGCCUGUACCGCGCGCCUCUAGAGACCUGCGCGGGGCUGUGGGGCUCCCCUUCCUCCCCUCCAAGCGGUUCUCCCGGUGAUCGCCCCUUCGCCACCCCUCUAUCCUGGGCAACUGGGGGCGCCCCGGACGACCAUGAGAGAUAAGGACUGAGGGCCAGGAAGGGGAAGCGAGCCCGCCGAGAGGUGGCGGGGGCUGCUCACGCCAAGGGCCACAGCGGCCGUGCUCCAGCCUCGCUCCGCCGCUCCACGCCUCGCGGGAUCCGCGGGGGCAGCCCGGCCGGGCGGGGAUGCCGGGGCUGGGGCGGAGGGCGCAGUGGCUGUGCUGGUGGUGGGGGCUGUUGUGCAGCUGCUGCGGGCCCCCGCCGCUGCGGCCGCCCCUGCCCGCUGCCGCGGCCGCCGCCGCCGGGGGCCAGCUGCUGGGGGACGGCGGGAGCCCCGGCCGCACGGAGCAGCCGCCGCCGUCGCCGCAAUCCUCCUCGGGCUUCCUCUACCGGCGGCUCAAGACGCACGAGAAGCGGGAGAUGCAGAAGGAGAUCUUGUCGGUGCUGGGGCUCCCACACCGGCCCCGGCCCCUGCACGGCCUCCAACAGCCGCAGCCCCCGGCGCUCCCGCAGCAGCAGCAGCAGCAGCAGCAGCCGCCUCGCGGAGAGCCCCCUCCCGGGCAGCUGAAGUCCGCGCCCCUCUUCAUGCUGGAUCUGUACAACGCCCUGUCCGCCGACGACGAGGAGGACGGGGCGUCGGAGGGGGAGAGGCAGCAGCCCUGGCCCCACGAAGGAGCCAGCUCGUCCCAGCCUCGGCAGCCGGCCCCGGGCGCCGCGCACCCGCUCAACCGCAAGAGCCUCCUGGCCCCCGGACCUGGCAGCGGCGGCGCGUCCCCACUGACCAGCGCGCAGGACAGCGCCUUCCUCAACGACGCAGACAUGGUCAUGAGCUUUGUGAACCUGGUGGAGUACGACAAGGAGUUCUCCCCUCGUCAGCGACACCACAAAGAGUUCAAGUUCAACUUAUCCCAGAUUCCUGAGGGUGAGGCGGUGACGGCUGCAGAAUUCCGCAUCUACAAGGACUGUGUUGUGGGGAGUUUUAAAAACCAAACUUUUCUUAUCAGCAUUUAUCAAGUCUUACAGGAGCAUCAGCACAGAGACUCUGACCUUUUUUUGCUGGACACCCGCGUAGUGUGGGCCUCAGAAGAAGGCUGGCUGGAAUUUGACAUCACGGCCACUAGCAAUCUGUGGGUUGUGACCCCGCAGCAUAACAUGGGGCUUCAGCUGAGUGUGGUGACGCGGGAUGGAGUCCACAUCCACCCCCGAGCCGCGGGCCUGGUGGGCAGAGACGGCCCUUACGACAAGCAGCCCUUCAUGGUGGCUUUCUUCAAAGUGAGUGAGGUCCACGUGCGCACCACCAGGUCAGCCUCUGGCCGGCGCCGACAACAGAGUCGUAAUCGCUCUACCCAGUCCCAGGACGUGGCGCGGGUCUCCAGUGCUUCAGAUUACAACAGCAGUGAAUUAAAAACAGCUUGCAGGAAGCAUGAGCUGUAUGUGAGUUUCCAAGACCUGGGAUGGCAGGACUGGAUCAUUGCACCCAAGGGCUACGCUGCCAAUUACUGUGAUGGGGAAUGCUCCUUCCCACUCAACGCACACAUGAAUGCAACCAACCACGCGAUCGUGCAGACCUUGGUUCACCUUAUGAACCCUGAGUAUGUCCCCAAACCGUGCUGUGCGCCAACUAAACUAAAUGCCAUCUCAGUUCUUUACUUUGAUGACAAUUCCAAUGUCAUUCUGAAAAAAUACAGGAAUAUGGUUGUAAGAGCUUGUGGAUGCCACUAACUCGAAACCAGAUGCUGGGGACACACAUUCUGCCUUGGAUUCCUAGAUUACAUCUGCCUUAAAAAACACAGAAGCACAGUUGGAGGUGGGACGAUGAGACUUGGAAACUAUCUCAUGCCAGUGCCUUAUUACCCAAGAAGAUUUUAAAGGACCUCAUUAAUAAUUUGCUCACUUGGUAAAUGACGUGAGUAGUUGUUGGUCUGUAGCAAGCUGAGUUUGGAUGUCUGUAGUGCCAGGUCCGGUAACUGCAGAAAGCACCGUGAAGCUCUUCCUCCCCUCCUCCCCCAAAAACCCACCAAAAUUAGUUUUAGCUGUAGAUCAAGCUAUUUGGGGUGUUAGUAAGUAGGGAAAAUAAUCUCAAAGGAGUUAAAUGUAUUCUUGGUUAAAGUAUCAGCCUGUUCAGUACUGUCUAUCAAAGGUAGAUUUUACAGAGAACAGAAAUUGGGGAAGUUGGGGGAACGCCUCUGUUCAGAUUUCAUUCCCAGGAAGUUCAAUUUCAUACAUGACCCACAGCCCAGGCCACAGCCAGGGCUCCAUGGGGCGCCUUUGUCUCAGUCAUUGCUGUUAUGUGUUCAUGCUGGAGUUUUGUUGGUGUGAAUAUAUACUUAUUUCUGCCAAAAAUACCAUUUCUACACCUCAGUCCUCCAUUUGCUGUACUCUUUGCUAGUACCAAAAGUAGACUGAGUACACUCCGAGGUGAGGCUGCAAGGUGAAGGCAAUGCUGCGCCUCUCCUUUAUCAGAACGGUUCUUUGACCAGCACAUUAACUUCUGGACUGCCAGCUCUAAUAUCUAUUUCAGUAAAGCAGUUCUCUGCCUUUUUACUAUACAGCAUACCAUGCCACAAGGUUAGAACCAACAAAGAAGAUAAAAUGAGGGUGCCCAGCUUAUAAUAGCGAUAGGGGGAUAAGCGUGCUGUUUAUGAACUGAAAUCAUGAUUUCCUUUGUAGAAAGUGAGGCUCAGAUCAAAUUUUAGAAUAUUUUCUAAAUGUCUUUUUCACAAUCAUGUACUGGGAAGGCAAUUUCAUACUAAACUGAUUAAAUAAUACAUUUAUAAUCUACAACCGUUUGCACUUACAGCUUUUUUUGUAAAUAUAAACUAUAAUUUAUUGUCUAUUUUAUAUGUUUUGCUGUAACAUUGAAGGAAAGACCAGACUUUUUUUUAAAAAAAGAGUUUAUUUAGAAAGUAUCAUAGUGUAAACAAACAAAUUGUACCACUUUGAUUUUCUUGGAAUACAAGACUCGUGAUGCAAAGCUGAAGCCACGCUUGACAGUUGUGCUUCUCUAGGAGGUUGGGUUUUUUAAAAAAAGAAUUAUCUGUGAACCACACAUGAUUAAUAAAGAUUUCCUUUAAGGCA